GUUUUUCUUCUUUGCGCCACCCCCGGACGAACAUUCGGUAGUUUAGUCAUCGGUAGAAGAAAAUAGUACAGAAAACGGUACCGUCUGUGCGAUUCGUUACCGUGAAAUUGCCGUAGAUCAUCAAAAUGGAAGGAGCUACAAUCAUCACCGGCUCGGAUAUUGUGAAGAUUAAUGUUUCUAACUCUCUGAAUGAUACGCUGUCCUUCGAACGGAAGUACAGCAAAUCGCUGAAGAUUUCCGAAUUUAAGGCAAAACUCGAACCAAUCACUGGCGGGUCGGCGGCCACAAUGCGACUGGAGCUUUACAGCGGAGAAAGACUGGUUGCCCGUCUGGAUGAUGAUAAUAAAAUGCUCGGAUUUUAUCCGAUUGAAGACGGAAUGCGAGUUCACGUUAUAGACAAUUUUGCUUUCGCCACCCAAGAAAACGUUCAGAAAUUUGAACUCAGUCAGGAAGAGUACGAUAAAAAACAGGACAAUCUGAGGAACUAUUUGAAGCGAAACAAACUCGGUAAGUACAAUGAGGAAGAAAUGGCUAAGCUUGAGGAGGAACGAAAAAAGCAGGAAGCAGAGGACGCACAAAAGCUCGACAAGGCCACCAUCGGAUCACGGUGCAGAGUGACCACCAAAGGGCAACCCACACGACUGGGAACGGUCAUGUAUAAGGGGGAAUUAGAGGGUAAGCCAGGAAUCUUUGUAGGAGUUCAAUUCGAUGAACCACUCGGCGUAAACGACGGGAGUUGUAAUGGGAAGAGAUACUUUGAGUGUCCUCCCAAAUAUGGAAGCUUUGUCCCUGCGAGAGCAAUAGAAAUAGGAGAUUUUCCUCCGGAGAACUUUGAUUUGGAUGAUGAAUUAUAAACCCUGAAAUAACGGCACAAUGCAUUCCAGGACUAACUUAUCUUUUACUUGGUGCAUGAUUUAGCAGCAGCUUAUUGAGUGAUGAAAACAAUUAAUAGUGAUUAACGCACUGUCAUUAUCUCGACUAUAUUAUAAACCCUACUAAAAUAGAACUAAAUGUAUGAA